GCUGCGUGCGAUUAUCUCUGGGGAUCAUCCUCGUCAUUAUAGAGAGGCUGCGCGGACAAUGCCUUGCUGAAAAAGGAUUCUGGUCAAGAUGCUGCGGCGUGCAACUGCAGCCCUCUUCAUCUUGGUGAUUGCUACUUCCAUGUCGCAACUCACUCAAGAAUUAACAAGCACCAAUCGAGAUGGCGAAGUGAUUUUAAGCAUCAGCGAUAAACAAAAAAUUCAAUACUUAAGCCAAAACUUUGAAUCAGAUGCAUACAAAUAUGGUUACGAUGUCAAUCCACAUGGACAAUUUCAUCACGAAAUACGUGGCCUACAUGGGAUUACCUAUGGAUGUUACGGUUACGUUGAUCCCUUUGGCCACCUAAAAACAACGUUUUAUAUCAGUGACGGAUGGGGUUAUCGCGUUGUUCAACCAGGGAAGGACGUGGAACUUUUCCUUCACAAGCAUGAACAUCAUGAAAACGGAGACAAACAUGAUCAUCACGAGCAUCAUGGUGUGAUUACACCAUGGCGAGAGUUACAUUUUCCCGUGGUGUGUGCGCAAUACACAAACACGAACAUUCCAUCAAGUGAAGGAACAUCACCUAUUGGAAGCGGAUCAACAAUUGAAACAACACCAACUCGACCUCCUUAUAGGCCUGACUCAUCAGGACAUCCGGGUAUUCCUGGAAUUCCCGGAAUUCCAGGCACACCAGGAAAACCAGGAACACCGUCAUAUCCAGGGCAUCCAGGAACUCCGGGUAUCCCUGGUAUUCCAGGUACACCAGGAAAACCAGGAACACCGUCAUAUCCAGGGCAUCCAGGAACUCCGGGUAUCCCUGGUAUUCCAGGUACACCAGGAAAACCAGGAACACCGUCAUAUCCAGGGCAUCCAGGAACUCCGGGUAUCCCUGGUAUUCCAGGUACACCAGGAAAACCAGGAACACCGUCAUAUCCAGGGCAUCCAGGAACUCCUGGUAUCCCUGGUACUCCAGGAACACCAGGAUAUCCCGGCACACCAGGAAAACCAGGAAUACCAUCAUAUCCAGGGCAUCCAGGGACUCCUGGCAUCCCUGGUAUUCCAAGUACACCAGGAAAACCAGGAAUACCAUCAUAUCCAGGGCAUCCAGGAACUCCUAGCAUCCCUGGUACUCCAGGUACACCGGGAAAACCAGGAAUACCAUCAUAUCCAGGGCAUCCAGGAACUCCUAGCAUCCCUGGUACUCCAGGUACACCGGGAAAACCAGGAAUACCAUCAUAUCCAGGGCAUCCAGGAACUCCUAGCAUCCCUGGUACUCCAGGUACACCGGGAAAACCAGGAAUACCAUCAUAUCCAGGGCAUCCAGGAACUCCUAGCAUCCCUGGUACUCCAGGUACACCGGGAAAACCAGGAAUACCAUCAUAUCCAGGGCAUCCAGGAACUCCUAGCAUCCCUGGUACUCCAGGUACACCGGGAAAACCAGGAAUACCAUCAUAUCCAGGGCAUCCAGGAACUCCUAGCAUCCCUGGUACUCCAGGUACACCGGGAAAACCAGGAAUACCAUCAUAUCCAGGGCAUCCAGGAACUCCUAGCAUCCCUGGUACUCCAGGUACACCGGGAAAACCAGGAAUACCAUCAUAUCCAGGGCAUCCAGGAACUCCUAGCAUCCCUGGUACUCCAGGUACACCGGGAAAACCAGGAAUACCAUCAUAUCCAGGGCAUCCAGGAACUCCUAGCAUCCCUGGUACUCCAGGUACACCGGGAAAACCAGGAAUACCAUCAUAUCCAGGGCAUCCAGGAACUCCUAGCAUCCCUGGUACUCCAGGUACACCGGGAAAACCAGGAAUACCAUCAUAUCCAGGGCAUCCAGGAACUCCUAGCAUCCCUGGUACUCCAGGUACACCGGGAAAACCAGGAAUACCAUCAUAUCCAGGGCAUCCAGGAACUCCUAGCAUCCCUGGUACUCCAGGUACACCGGGAAAACCAGGAAUACCAUCAUAUCCAGGGCAUCCAGGAACUCCUAGCAUCCCUGGUACUCCAGGUACACCGGGAAAACCAGGAAUACCAUCAUAUCCAGGGCAUCCAGGAACUCCUAGCAUCCCUGGUACUCCAGGUACACCGGGAAAACCAGGAAUACCAUCAUAUCCAGGGCAUCCAGGAACUCCUAGCAUCCCUGGUACUCCAGGUACACCGGGAAAACCAGGAAUACCAUCAUAUCCAGGGCAUCCAGGAACUCCUAGCAUCCCUGGUACUCCAGGUACACCGGGAAAACCAGGAAUACCAUCAUAUCCAGGGCAUCCAGGAACUCCUAGCAUCCCUGGUACUCCAGGUACACCGGGAAAACCAGGAAUACCAUCAUAUCCAGGGCAUCCAGGAACUCCUAGCAUCCCUGGUACUCCAGGUACACCGGGAAAACCAGGAAUACCAUCAUAUCCAGGGCAUCCAGGAACUCCUAGCAUCCCUGGUACUCCAGGUACACCGGGAAAACCAGGAAUACCAUCAUAUCCAGGGCAUCCAGGAACUCCUAGCAUCCCUGGUACUCCAGGUACACCGGGAAAACCAGGAAUACCAUCAUAUCCAGGGCAUCCAGGAACUCCUAGCAUCCCUGGUACUCCAGGUACACCGGGAAAACCAGGAAUACCAUCAUAUCCAGGGCAUCCAGGAACUCCUAGCAUCCCUGGUACUCCAGGUACACCGGGAAAACCAGGAAUACCAUCAUAUCCAGGGCAUCCAGGAACUCCUAGCAUCCCUGGUACUCCAGGUACACCGGGAAAACCAGGAAUACCAUCAUAUCCAGGGCAUCCAGGAACUCCUAGCAUCCCUGGUACUCCAGGUACACCGGGAAAACCAGGAAUACCAUCAUAUCCAGGGCAUCCAGGAACUCCUAGCAUCCCUGGUACUCCAGGUACACCGGGAAAACCAGGAAUACCAUCAUAUCCAGGGCAUCCAGGAACUCCUAGCAUCCCUGGUACUCCAGGUACACCGGGAAAACCAGGAAUACCAUCAUAUCCAGGGCAUCCAGGAACUCCUAGCAUCCCUGGUACUCCAGGUACACCGGGAAAACCAGGAAUACCAUCAUAUCCAGGGCAUCCAGGAACUCCUAGCAUCCCUGGUACUCCAGGUACACCAGGAAAACCAGGCAAACCAGGAACGCCGUCAUAUCCUGGACAUCCAGGAACUCCUGGCACUCCAGGCACUCCGGGAAUAGUUGAAUUAUACCCAACAUAUCCUGGUAUACCUGGAAGUCCGGGAACAUCAUACCCAGGACACAUAGGAAUUAGUAUCGCUAGCACAUCUGGCACUCUCGGCAUAUCAGAAAUAUCCGAAAAUCUAGGAAAACCAAUAUCAUCUUAUCCCGGAUAUCCUGCUUAUCCUGUUACAUCAGAAACACCUAACGUACCUUUACAUUCUGAGGCGCUAGGUAAACCAGAUGAUUUAUUAUAUCCCGGGAUUACCACUAUACCAAAUAGGCCAAGCAUUUCUUUCAAGCCGGAUAAACCAGGUUAUCCCGGUUAUCCUACAUAUCCAGAAUAUACAGAAGAUUCAAAGAAUCCAGAAGGACUAAUAGGACCUGAGGGUCCAGUAGGAAAUGUAGGUCCGAUUGGUGAUAUUGGUGGCAUUGGAGGUAUCGGUGGAGUUGGUCCUGAUGGUCCUGAUGGGCCAUGGCCAACCGGUUCUCCGGGUCCUGAUGGACCAUGGCCUGGUGAUCCAGAUUACAUACCCGGAAUAAAACCAACAAGAAAACCUUAUAAAAGUCCAAUAAAUCAUCAUCCUGACAUUGAAUCAUUUGACACAGACAGAUAUAACUCCAUCUCGAAAUAUAGUUUUAAUAAUAAAACUGAUUCUUCGUAUACGGGCUAUACUCUAAAGGAUAUCGAAUUGUCGAAGUUGUCACACCCAACGAAAGUUAAUACAUCAUUAUAUAUAAAGCAUAGUCAGUAUAGACCUCAAUACGAAACUCAAUCCACAUCAUCAAUUUAUGGGGAAAAAGAAACUACCUACAAUGCAAAUAAAAUCAAUUCACUGUUGCAAACAGAUCUGACACCAUCAUCAUUGAAAUACGAGAUCGAGGAUUAUCAAUAUACAGAUAUAUUAAAGCCGAAUUCACAAUUUUAUGAUCACUUGAUACAUACAGGAUCGCAACAAAUAAAGAAACCUUCAAAAAAUAACUUCAAGCAAUUUUCUGUGCACGAUCGGGAUCAAUAUCAAAAGUCAAUAUUUUAUCCAUCUUAUAACUCGCAACAGCAAUCUCCUAAAGACUCAGAUCAAUUUGAUAAAUUAAAACAAGAAGACAAAUUUAAUGUGGAUGGACAAUAUAAUAAUUCUGCCGAUGUGGAUGGCAAAUUGAUUUCUAACGUGUCCUUUCAGUCGGAUGGAUCUUCCUCUGCUCCGGAUAGACAGGUAAAUGCACGCCUUGAGCAGACAUUCCGGACGAAUCCCGUUUUCGACGCUAUCAGGGUUCAGCCGCCCAGCUCCAUCAACGUCAAGCCCUUAUCGUUACCUGUAGGGCCAAAUUCACAAGCAUGUCCCUGUUAUUUAGUCGAGCCGAAUAACAACACAAACGUAGCAACCAGCUCGACUCACACCUCUAUCAUUGGUCAAUUGGGAUUCAUUCCUGUUAUCUUCGUACCAUACUGUCCUGGCAAAGAGAUGGACAGCAAUAAGAUGAAACUUAUGUUCCCGUCCGCUACUCCUGUUCCAUAUGCAUGCGACACAUGUGAUACACAAGACAACAAAUAUGUUGUAAAAACGCUCGAUAUAAAUCAACUUGGCAAUAUCGACUAUCUCAAAGAGGCAUUAUAUCAAUCCAAUCUUGGCUUUUUGAAUGUUCCAGUUAAGACCAACAUCGAGCGAAGAAGAACCAAAAGCAGAAAGACGAAAUGAGAAGUGUAACACUAACUUAUUAAGCUUAAGUUGCGAUCGUUCUAAAAAGAGCUUAUCUUCUCCUGGAGAAUAGAAAUAAAUAUAGGAUAUUGGCAUUGCCUGUCCGUCAGCUGCUGGUUAGUUGAUGGAUAGCCAAAUUAAAGAUAUUUGCCGAAAUAACCAAAGCUAAUAGAAUACAUAAAAUCUUCAAACUAAAAAUUGAAUUAAUAACAAAUUUUUUCAGUAUCGUGUUUAUUAAAUUAAUUUACCCUGUAGCUGCUUAAA